UUUUUCUUUCUUUUUCUUUCCUCCCAUAAAACCCUAUCUAAUAUCUUCAACUUAUGACUCUAAUUCUGCUGCUGAAUUAUAUGCCAAAAACAAACACCACUUCUCUCUCUCUCUCUCUCUCUCUCUCUCUCCUUCUUUCCCCCUCCAAACACCAUCAUCCAAUACCAACACUCAAUUCAGUUCAAUCUUUCCAUGGCCACACACAUGUCUCUCACUCAAUAUAUGUUGGGAAUUUCGAUGUAAGAGCAGCUUCAUAUAUCAUCAAAAAGGCUUUGCAAAAGAAACAAUUCAGACUCAUUUAUAGAGGGCACAUCAGCAUCGUGAAUGGAACUACUUUAGGGAAAAAAGAAAAAACUUCAGCACAGGAUACUUCCUUCUGAACCGCAUUUCCCUACCUGAGAUGUGUUUUGUUCCUGAUCUGAACUUGGCAUAUCCUCAUAAAUUUUACUCACAGCUUCACGAAUGCCUUGUACACAAUAAAUAAUUGAAGUGGUGAAUUUGAUUCCUGAGCAACAACAAACGAAUAUGUCGGAUGAAUAUGAGAUGAGUGAUGAACAGGUUGAUGACAGUUCAAUUGGAUCAUCGCAAAAGUGUUCAUCCUUUGAUCUGAACGAAGAAGCUAGUAGUGAAGAUAAUAGCAAUGGCAAUGAUAAGAGGUACGAGGAAGCUAAGGAUGAAGGUACUUCAACAAAUAAAAGUAGCAGCAUAACAAGGGAAGGAAAUAGUGAACGAAGAGGUGGUGUGAGACAAUAUGUUAGAUCGAAAAUGCCUAGGCUUCGUUGGACACCAGAACUUCAUCUUUCCUUUGUGCAUGCUGUUGAAAGGCUUGGAGGUCAAGAGAGAGCAACACCGAAGUUGGUGCUUCAGCUAAUGAAUGUGAGAGGACUCAGCAUUGCUCAUGUCAAGAGUCAUUUGCAGAUGUACCGGAGCAAGAAACUCGACGAGGCCGGGCAAGUAUUAAGUGAAACAUACAAAUCAACCCACGAACUUGGUCGUAUUUCUCAUGUGAGCCAUCCUCGUCAACAUUUUAAGAUGGGAAAUGGUGGAAUUAUUCUGGCAAGUGAUUACACCGAUCACAGUUAUUUCCAUGGCCUCUUGCAUCCUUCAAACCUAUCACACCCACAUUCAAGACACCAACAAUGGUUCUUCAACAAUCAUCAACCUUUUAGAAAACCAAGUUACUUUAGCAACGAAGUUGGGUCAGCAACCUUACAAACGCAAGGAAGAUCAAUGUCUUCAAACCAAAUUCAAGUAAUGGAUGCUACCAGCAUUGCACCCAUGAGACCAAGCCAAUUUCUUGAAGAGAAAAGAUGGCCUCCAUUAGAAAUCAUGAACAAUCACCCCUGGAAGAAAAGGUUACCUUCUAAUACUGACUCACAAUCUCUUCUACUUCAUCAAUUUGGCUCCACAACUUCACCAAACAAAACAAGAAUCAGGGAACAUCUAUCUAACUCCGAUGAGCACCGCAGCUAUUCCAACACUUUCAAGCUAGAAUUUGAACCUCCAUUUCGGAUUAAGUCGAAUCAAGAAAAAAUGCAGAACGAGAAGCAGUGGGUGCCUGAUCUGCGACUGAGUUUAAGUCAGAGAGAUGGGAACAGUGAUGGGAAGAAUGAUCAUUGCAGAGAAACCCAAGAAAUCAACACGAAACUUUCACUUUCAUAGAAUCUAUAUAGCCAUGUGAAUGUAUAAUGCAAAUACCACAGCCUAGCCGUUCAUACAGUGUGAGUGAAGAUAUAUAUAUAUCGAUACUAAAACAAAAUUACAGAAUUAUAUAUCGCUACAACACUAAAAUUGUGUGGGCUGGCCAGUACAUAGGGUUUCUCCUCACACCCAGAGAAAACAAUAAAAAAUGGGAUUUGAGUGUAAAAUGAAUAUGGUGGUUGGUCGUGAUUACGAGUGGGUUUGUAAGAGAGUUUUUUUCUUGUGCAAUAUUUGGUUUGAUUAGGCACAAAGUAAAAUGAAAGAGAGAGAAGAAAACAAGAAAUAUUGCAACAUGUUUUUGCUUUAAGUUUUGUGUGAAUAUAGAUGCAGUGAAUGAGAUCUUUAAUGCAA